GACUGACUGAGCGUGUUUGUGAGUGUUGUCUGAAUGCGAGCCGAUCCGCGGCUAGAACAGCAAAAUUAACGGGAACCGUUUUUCAUGUUAACAACAGCAAUAUGUGCCUUACGACCGCACCUGCUUUGAGCUACUCUAAAAACUAGGAUAUAAGGUGAGCUAGUCCUACCCCUCCCAGCCACGCCCGGCAUCUUCUCCCCGUCUCUCUCUUCGUCCGCCUCAUCCAUCUCUUCCCCCGGCAUUCUCCGCCAUGGCACUCCUCUCCACCGCUCUCUCUGCCUCCGUCCCCUUCCUCCUCUUCCUCCUCCUCCCCCUUCCUUCGCCCUGCGCCCUGGAGUCUCUACGAGGAGGAGGAGGAGAGGAAGAGAACCGCUCCAUCUCCACCAUGUCCUAUCCCUCCAUGUCUCCGGAGUUCUGGAGCAACAGCAGCACGGGGCUGGGCAGCAGUUCAAAGUGCUCGCAGCCGGUGGUGUGCAGGCCGGGCACCCUGCUGCCCGUGUGGAAGCCCCUGAACCCCGGGCUGGGCGACCAGGUAGCCAGGGCCGUGGUCUACUUCACCUGUCUCAUGUACAUGUUCCUGGGAGUGUCCAUCAUCGCAGACCGCUUCAUGGCCUCUAUCGAGGUCAUAACCUCACAGGAGAAGGAAGUGACCAUCACCAUGCCAGGCGGAGAGACGUCUGUGGCCACUGUACGUAUCUGGAACGAGACUGUGUCCAACCUGACUCUGAUGGCUCUAGGCUCCUCCGCCCCAGAGAUCCUGCUGUCGGUCAUAGAGGUGUGUGGGCACGGGUUUGAGGCGGGUGAGCUGGGACCUGGCACCAUUGUGGGCAGCGCCGCCUUCAACAUGUUUGUGAUCAUCGCCAUCUGUGUGUGGGUCAUCCCUGAAGGAGAGACCAGGAAGAUCAAACACCUGCGCGUGUUCUUCAUCACAGCCUUCUGGAGCAUCUUCGCCUAUAUCUGGCUCUUCCUCAUCCUCUCCGUCAUCUCACCCGGAGUAGUGGAGGUGUGGGAGGCCCUGGUCACCCUGCUCUACUUCCCCGUGUGUGUGAUCCUGGCCUGGAUCGCCGACCGACGCCUGCUUUUCUACAAGUACAUGGCCAAGCGUUACCGCGCCGACAAGCACGGCAUCGUCGUGGAGACGGAGGGGGACACAACUCCGAAAGGCUUCGAGAUGAUUAUAGAUGGAAAGUUCCCACCAAGGGGAGGGGCGGUGGGAAUGAUGCCCAGUGAGAACUGCCAGGAUGGGGCCAACAAUGCGGCGGGCACCGUGGCCUACCUGCCCAACUCCAACAGCACCAUGGUGACCGUAGAGAAUACCAAGGAGCUGGACGAGAGCCGCAAGGAGGUGAUCCGCAUCCUGAAGCAGCUGAAGCAGAAGUUUCCAGACAAGGAGCUGGAUCAGCUGGUAGAUCUUGCCAACUACUACGCCCUCCUCCAUCAACAGAAGAGCCGCGCCUUCUACCGCAUCCAGGCUACGCGCAUGAUGACCGGCGCCGGCAACGUGCUCAAGAGGCACGCCGCCGACCACUCCCGCCGCGCCGCCGCCGUGGACGAGGAAGUGGUCUGCGAGGACGACGACCUGGCUGAGUGCAGCCGCCUGGCGUUCGAGAGCACCCACAGCCAGUGUAUGGAGAACUGCGGCGUACUGAGGCUGGCUGUGGUGUGUCAAGGGGGCCUGGGGGAGAGCACCUUCUACGUGGACUACCGGACCGAGGACGGCUCGGCCAACGCCGGGUCUGACUACGAGUACAGCGAGGGAACGCUGGUGUUCAAACCCGGAGAUACCCGCAAGGAGAUCAAGGUCGGCAUCAUCGAUGAUGACAUCUUCGAGGAGGACGAGCACUUUUUCGUGCGGCUGCUCAACUUGCGCAUCGGUGACGCCGAGGGGAUGUUCGAGAGUGAUGAGCCAGGCGCGAGACCCAAGGGUCGCCUGGUGGAGCCACUGGUCGCCACGGUGACCAUCCUGGACGACGACCAUGCUGGAUUCUUCACAUUCCGUAAUCAGCUGGUGCGCGUCAGCGAGAGCGUUGGCACCAUGGAGAUCUCAGUGGUGCGGAACUCGGGCGCCCGCGGCACGGUGAUCGUGCCCUAUCACACGGAGGAGGGCACGGCGAAGGGGGGCGGCGUGGACUACGAGGACACUCAGGGAGAGCUGGAGUUCUCCAACGACCAGACAACUCAGACCCUGCAGGUGAGGAUCAUUGAUGAUGAGGAGUAUGAGAAAAAGGAGAACUUCUUCAUCGUACUAGAGGAACCACGCUGGCUGAAGAGGGGAAUCUCAGCCCUUCUGCUCAACCAAGAGGAUCCUGAUGGCCAGAUGAGUGCAGAGGAGGAGGAGGCGAGGCGCAUUGCAGAGAUGGGAAAGCCCAUCUUGGGGGAGCACAGCCGGCUGGAGGUGGUCAUUGAGGAGUCUUAUGAGUUCAAGAGCACCGUUGACAAGCUCAUUAAGAAGACCAACUUGGCCCUUGUGAUUGGCACGCACUCCUGGAGGGAGCAGUUCGUGGAAGCUGUGACUGUCAGCGCAGGGGAUGGUGAUGAUGAUGACGAGGAGGCGCGUGAAGAACGUUUGCCAUCCUGCUACGACUACGUCAUGCACUUUCUGACGGUGUUCUGGAAGGUUCUGUUCGCCUUCGUUCCGCCCACCGAGUACUGGAAUGGCUGGGCCUGCUUCUUCGUGUCCAUCUCGGUCAUCGGUAUCUUGACUGCCAUCAUCGGGGACCUGGCCUCCCACUUUGGCUGCACUGUGGGCCUCAGGGACACUGUCACUGCUGUGGUGUUUGUGGCUCUUGGCACCUCUAUUCCUGACACGUUUGCCAGCAAGGUGGCGGCCACGCAGGACCAGCACGCUGAUGCGUCGGUGGGCAACGUGACUGGCAGCAACGCGGUCAACGUGUUCCUGGGCAUCGGGGUGGCGUGGUCGGUGGCGGCCGUCUACUGGAAGGUGCAGGGCAAAGAGUUCCGCGUGGACCCUGGCUCCCUGGCCUUCUCCGUCACCCUCUUCACCAGCUUCGCCUUCAUCUGCAUGGGCGUGCUGCUGUUCCGCCGGCGGCCCUCUAUCGGGGGGGAGCUGGGCGGGCCGCGGACAGCACGCAUCAUCACCAGCCUCCUCUUCCUGGGCCUCUGGUUCCUCUACGUCCUCUUCUCCAGCCUGGAGGCCUACUGCCACAUAGAGGGCUUUUAGAGGACAUAUGAGAGCAGAGACAGGGCUACUAGUCAAAACACUGAUAUACAUUAUAGUUAUUAUAAUACACACAUCUACAACAGUACAGGGCCCAGGCCAAAGGUUGGGACCUGGUCAUUAUCACUGGAUCGCUAAUACCUAAGGGAUCUGUAGACAUACCCGAUAUACACAUACACACACACUUACAUACAGACACAUACACACACGUACUGAAACAUGAACUGUACAUAUAACUACAUGCAUGCACAAACAAAUGCACACGUGGUCUCUCACCAAGACCAACACACACAUACAGCACUGUAACAAGGGCACCACACAGGUUGCAUGUGACCUGGAUCCUGGAUGACACCCAGUUAACAUCAACCUCCUAUUGCACACUCAAGUGUUAUACACACUCACUGGACAAACGAGGAAGAGAAGGAGAGAAAAGAAAGUAUUGGUCAAGGAAGUAACGAAGGAAGUAAGACUGGAGAGAUUUCAAAGGAAGCACGUUCAGAAUGUAAACCAGCAUGUCGUAAAAGAGGGAGAGUGAAGGAGAGAAAGAGACAGACAGGUGUGUAGAAACUAAGUGUUGCAGUGGCAUUCUAUUCAUUCCGACUGGCUGCGUAACAUGGUUUUGGGUCCAGACUGCUUUAAUUGAAGCAGGGUAGAGUGCCGUGUGUUUUGCAGGGUGGGCCGUAGCUCCGUCACCGUUGCAGGGAAGGUAAACCAGACUCGAUCCACUCGACUCAAUCCAUGUCUGUGUGGCCUUAAAGCAGUACCCUUUCGCUGGGGGUUCCUUAAAGCAGUACCCUUUCACUGGGGGUUCCUUAAAGCAGUACCCUUUCACUGGGGGUUCCUUAAAGCAGUACCCUUUCACUGGGGGUUCCUUAAAGCAGUACCCUUUCACUGGGGGUUCCUUAAAGCAGUACCCUUUCACUGGGGGUUCCUUAAAGUAGUACCCUUUCACUGGGGGUUCCUUAAAGCAGUACCCUUUCACUGGGGGUUCUUUAAAGCAGUACUCUUUCACUGGGGGUUCCUUAAAGCAGUACCCUUUCACUGGGGGUUCCUUAAAGCAGUACCCUUUCACUGGGGUUUCCUUAAAGCAGUACCCUUUCACUGGGGGUUCCUUAAAGUAGUACCCUUUCACUGGGGGUUCCUUAAAGCAGUACCCUUUCACUGGGGGUUCCUUUUCAAAGGCAGAAUCCACACACGUAGAAGCUGUGGCGGAAAAAGUACUCAACUAUCAUACGUGAGUAAAUGUAAAGAUACCUUAAUAGAGAAUGACUUGAGUAAAAGUCACCCAGUAAAAUACUACUUGUUCUAAAAGUAUCUGGUUUUAAUUGUACUUAAUAUACAGUGGUGCAAAAUGUACUCAAUUGUCAGACUUGAGUAAAAAUAAAAAGUGAAAUAAAUGCUAUACAUCAAAUUCCGUAUAUUAAGCAAAUCAGACCACACAAUUUUCUUUUUAUUUCUUUUUCUUUUCGGACAGCCAGGGGCACACUCCAAAACUCCGACAUCAUUUAAAAAAACGUAGUAUUUGUGUUUAGUGAGCCCGCCAGAUCAGAGCGAGUAGAGAUGAUAAUGUGUUAUAUUGAUAGGUGCGUGAAUUGGACCAUAUUACUGUCCUGCUUUUGGGUGUCAGGGAAAAUGUAUGGGAGUAAAAAGUCAACAAACAAAAAAAUAGGAAUGUUGUGGAGUACAAGUAAAAGUUGUCAAAAAAUAGUCAUGUACAGAUACACCAAAAAACUAGUAGUACUUCAAAGUAUUUUUACAAAGUUACUUUACACCACUGCGUAGUAGUGGAAUGGGUCCAUCUUCAGUCGCUAUGACAGAGCACCAUGAAAAUGGUUGAUUAAUGAGUAGGAUGUUUACAUUUAGCAAUGGGAGAUAAAACAGCAACAACACUGAAAGCCCCAAGUUGCAGUUACUGUAUGGUUUCCCAUACAGGGGAGGUGGGAUUUACGUAUGACAUUGAAACAAGCUCUCAAUUCUGUGUUGGUGUAAAUACAAUAGGAGUGUAUAUGUAUUUGUUAGAGGGGCUUCUCUACAGAUAUGGUGGGAUGGGGUGACCAAUAAUAGAUAUAAUGCAUGGGGUUCAGAAACUAGUCACCACUGUCUUACUUCACAGGAAAAUGACUUUUGCAGGUAGCUUGUGUAAAUUAUGGCUCCGAGAUGAGGUAUUAUCCUUUCUCAUAACCACAAUCCCCAUCCAUCGAACUUUAACAUAGUCGAUCCAGUGGGAUUAUAAAUGUGCCUCCUCAUCUGUGGACUUCUGAAUGAAGGGAAGACGGAGUUUCUGGAGGCACGACUCUGAAUCACGAAAGUCUCACACCCAGCUCUUGAGGCUCUUACUGUUGUGUCUCACUGGACUUCAGAUCAUAGAUCUGCAUUCCACUCCAGCAGACAGUAGAGUCCUCCAUCACCAUCAUGUUUGAGACGUUGUACAUUUCGAAUGACCUUUCGCAACCACAAUGAGAGUGAAAUGAUGAUUUAGAAAUGCAGGCACGUUGAUGGUGUAAAUAUUAUUUUAUGUUACUGUCCAAGGGUGAGUUACUAUCCACUGAAGCACAGCACAAAGCGACACAAGCGAUCUCCUAGAAUGUAGAAUGCUACGACAAAAGUAUAUCGCUUUCUGACAUAUACUUUUCAAAAACAAUCCUUUACCUGAAUACAGGUAUAAAGUCAAACCUUUACAUCUAUAUACUGUAUCCCUUUGGCUCCACGCUUGCUCAGUGGACAGUAACUAUUCACCGUUCUUUGGUGGAUGAAAAGGUAAAAGCAGAGAGGGGUGGUGAGGUUGAGGGUAGCGUUUGUUUGGUCCAAAAGUUAUCCUAUGUGAGGAUAUUGGCCACCUGUGUAGGACUUCAGGACCGACAGAGUUCUGUACCGGGAUGUUUAUAUUGUUGUUCAUUCAAUCGAAAUCUGUCAAUAUUUGUGAGAAGAAAAAAAAACAUGUUUGUUUGUGAUACUUGUGAUACUAUAGUGGAGCACCUUUUUAGGUAUGGAGGGCUUGUAGACCCUCUGCUGUGGAAUACUGGGUAGAGAUGCAUGACAUGACAGAAUAAUAGUGACAGCACAGCACCGGCAUGGACAAAAAAAUUAUAAUGCAUGGGUGGUGACAAGAGAAUAGUGUCUGUGUCUUUUAUGUGAGAAAGCAGAAGGUCCAGACUGCAGCCAGAUCUGUGAAGAGCAUGCAGACUGCCUCUGCUCCUCACCUGUUUACAGUAAAGGCUGGCCUGAGAUCAGCUCAACCCAACCCCAGCUAAUUGCCCCCAAAUACAGCAACACUGGCCCACCAUCAGUACUUAAGACCAUGGCAUAUAAAUUAUAUUAUUUUGGAGUGAGGCUUACAGUACAUCAAUUUGUCCAACAGUGUUGGUUCAAAUGCUCCUAUUCUUCUGUUUUCUUUUACCUUUUGAAAUCCAAACCUCCCCGUUUACUUGACAGUGAAACUGGGAUAGAUUACAUUUCAAACGGUGAGUUCUCAUCAGCUACAGACUGUUAUUCAGUAACUACUGAUCGUCGCUACUGUAAUUCUGCAUCAUACCCAUUUAAUGCCUUAAAGUCUAGUACUUACUAUUUAGUCAAAUUUGACUGGUCUUGUGUGUGCUUUGAGUGGGCAUCAGAAACCUAAUUGAGUAGUGUGCAAUAUGUGGAACCAGUCAGCAAUCUACUAUUAAGAAGAGUAGCAAGAGCUAAUAUGCUAAUAUGAUUACAUACAAACUGAAAUAACAUCUUCUUGAAAGAUCAACUUAGCGAUACUGUAUUUACUCUGGAUCUGACUCUACCAUAUAAUAUAUUGGUAUCCCUGCCCCAAUCUCAAUGAGAUGAAAGUGCAAUUAAUAAGAUAGUGGGAGAUGGGGAGGGGUAGUGAACUGUUACAAGACUGUCCAUGGUCCUUACAUGUGGUUCAAUCACCUGACUUACUGAGUCGCUAAGAAAACAUGUGGAAUAACAGAAGAGAACAAGGCUGACACAAAAUGGAGGUGGGUUUAUCUCAGUAUUGCCAGGUGUUCUGAGGUGGAUAUGGAGAAAAUAGGACACAGCACUUGCUAAGAGUUAAUAUGCUGCACAAUACUAGAGACGGAUGUUAUAUCGUAUGGGAGUUUUCCCCACUUAUUUUAGAGUUCAGGAUACUUGGAACUCUAGUUGAACUGUAGAGUUGUCAAUCAGUGCAACCAGUGAGAACGAUUCACAUUUAAAUAUUACAAAUGCAAACAAUGGAUUAAAAAGGUAAUGACAUUUUGGAAGUUAAGUGAGUAAACAAAUUGACCCCCUCAAAACUAUAGAUUUAUUGAUUCAAAUAGUAAAGGCUCUCUUGAGAAUAGUCAUGUAUAAAUAUGCUUAUUGUUGCUUGUAUAACAUAUAUAAUAUCAACAAAGAUUUCAGUUUCCUUGGCCCUCAUUGUUUCCCAAGUCUUUGUCAACUUUUGAAAAUAAACGUCUCUUCAGAUUAUGUUGAUAAUGCUGGAAGCACCAUAGACGUAGACCCAAUGGUUUAGGAGGGUAAUAAAGAGACCUUUUGAUAUUUCUCUAAUUGUCCAAUUUGAAGACAAAUUUCCCCUUGAACUAGUCAUUUGAUGUAGCACAAACUACAUGUAUAUUUCUGUUGCCCAGAUUAUUUAAUUGAUUUAUAUUUAUGAAUAAUAUUUUAUUGUUCAACGGCUCCUUGAAGCAAACCAUUUGAACCGUUCCAAUGCUUCAAAGAGAGUGGGAGCAAUGUGCUAUAUAAAGCUGACUCUUCUUUGCUUUCAUCUUAAUGAGCAGUCAACUCGGCUCACUCGGUGGGAGUGAAACACUUAUUUUCUCCAGUGUUUGUUGCGCCCUCGGCCAACCAACAUAGAUUUAUUUCAUUCACUUGAGGUUAGCAUGUUUACAUACAAAUUUGUAAUGGACAUUCCAAUGAACCUUGUCAGUUUGUUCAGGGUUGUUAUACAUAGGAUGACAUUUUACAGGGCCUUUACUGUGGUCAUUGGGUUGGUUAUGACAUACUUUUUCCUGAAUUGAACUGUCUACAAUGUUCAGACAAUGUUCAGUGUUUUGAUGACUUCUAUUUAACUAUCUGGCCUUUGCCAUUGCUGUAGAUCAGAUAUCACUCAAAGAUGUUUUAUGUGUUGUAAAUGCCAUCCUAUGUGCAAAUGCAUGAACAUUGUGUGUUAGCAUGGUCUGUUAAGGACAUCUAGGUUUACAUUUGGAUCGGGUUAUCCCAAAACAGUUUUUGGCCUGUGUGGCUGCUUGCGUGGUCUGCUCACGCUUGCAACAAACUGAGCAAUGUCGACUUGGUCGAGCAGCAGGUGAAUUGUCAUUUUUUGAUUACGUGUUAACAGGCUACUUACUUAUUCACCACCUAUAAAAGCUGUGAAAAGAAAGCCUGACUUUUCCUGUCUAUGUCUGAAUGUCUCUGAUCAUUUGGUUGUCAGUUUGUUGGAGUUUGAUAUUUCUGUGUCUGUGUCCGUGCCCCUCAACUCUCUGUAUUGGGGUGAACCACCCCAGGUCUUGCUCUUCAAUGUGUCCUUGGUGCAGUUUUAUCUGUGAACCUUUCUCUCUGCCUGACAUUUGUAUGGAAUAGUGACUGACUUAAAGAAGAUAUGUGAUAUUUACAUUUAUUCAAUACUGUAAUAAAUGAUUUGAAAAUUAUAUUACAUUUUUUUUAUUUAAAGGAUAAACAAAGGAAAAGAAAAAUGAAACUUGUUUUGGAGAACCUAUGGCAUGAGGUGUAAUGUGUUCUGAAAAAACAACUAUGUAAUCAACUCAAGUUAACCUUAUUGAAUAUAGUUUAUUUAUUUUCAACA